UCAGUCAGACCCUGCAGCUCCACACACACACACACACACACACUGCUGCUCCUUUCAGCCGCCCGGCCUCAGCUCACACUCAGCAACUCAGCAUGGCCUAGACACUCAACCCCAGCAGCGCAGGGUACGGGCUAUCAGUGUGCGGGAUGGCUGUAGCGGUGUCGCAGGCCGGCCGAGAGGCUGUCCUGGCCUGGUUCGCGGAGUAUCAGAGGACCUGUGUGGUGCAGAACGGGAUCGUUCCAGAGUGGUUCCAUGGCAUCAUUUCCAGGAAGGAGGCGGAGGACAUGCUAAUGAUCAAGCCACCGGGCUACUUCCUGAUCCGAGUCAGUGAGAGCAGGAUAGGAUACACCUUAUCUUACAAAGCUGAAGACCGCUGCAGACACUUCAUGAUAGACAUGCUGCCAGGUAACCAGUAUGUGAUCGUAGGUGAGAAGAUGCAUCAUCGUUCUCUCCAUGACCUGGUGGCCUUUCACCGCAGGACCCCCAUUCUGCCCUUUGUUGAGGUGCUCACUGUUGCCUGUGGUCAGGUCUCCAAAGAUAGCACAGACUAUGCCGAACUGAUGUUCCCCAAAAGGCAGGUCUGUCCACCUGGGACUGAUGUUCGGGCAAGCAGCCCCAGACCAGAGCCAAAUAUCACUGAAGACCCGCGUCCUCCCCUGCCUGCAUGCCCUCCAUUUCUUCAGCAGAACAGUGGAACAACCGUUUCCCCACCAGGCCAUCCUACGAGACUUUAUCCCUCUCUGGACAAUGAGCUCGCUGCUCUUAAUAUACAGGAUAUGGUCCCUCCUCCGAGGCCUGUUCCAAGGACCAAGCAUCUGGACACACCACCACUACCACCACCCCAAAGACCCCCAAGAAGCACCUCACCACACAGUGCUUCACACACUUCUGCAGCAGAGAAAAAGAAAGGCUUACCAGCGGCAUACAUAGAAAGACCAUUACCUUCACCUCAGCCUGAAGACAAAGACAACAGCCAGAAGAGCCAAGCGGAGGCAAAGUCUGCCCGAAUAAACCUGGCACAGUACAAGAAGAUCUUCCAGAAGAAGAAGAACCAUUUAGAGGAGCACACAUACAUUGAAAUCAAUGCACAUCAAAUUGGAAAGGAGCCUGCCUUCACAGAGCCCAACCCACAAGAGCUUGGUGUAAACAACAGUGACCCUAAAGACAAGGAUGAACCUUCUAUGGAAACGUCUGGAGCUUUACCAAUAGAAUACCUCAACCCACCUCCAUUUGCCCCUGGGUACUAACUGAAAUAAGUAUGCUAACGCUAUUUUCUUGAAAGAAGUUGGUAGUAAGUUUGCAUUGGCAGUGAAAUGCUCAUACACUAAUUAUUUGCUUAUUUAUUAGAUUAUUAUUCUGUAUUUAUUCUGUAUACAGUACUGGUCUACUGGACAAGCAUUUACACUCAUUGACAAAAAAUAAUUUGCUGCAAAACUCAACAUGCAGUUAUAUCUUAGUAUAUAUGAUAACAGAUAUGCAAGUCUUGCUACAAGAGGGAGUAAAAGUGCUCCUCCCACUAAACAGUGAAAAAGCUCUCCCGAUCUACUUUUGAGUAACCACUUAAAAAUUGAGUUUCUUUAAUUUUACCAAAUUGAAUACAACUGCUUGAAUUUUUGCAUUAAGUGGCAUAAAGUUAUCCAAAAGCAGUAUGUAACACUGGUGGAGGAGAACAUAACAAGAUGCUUGAAAACUGUGAUUAAAAACCAGGGUUGUUCCCCCAACAUAUUGAUUUCUGAUUUCUAAAAAAACAGAGCUUUAUAUUUUCCUCUUACUUACAGACUUUGACAGGGGGCACAUCUUUGGACUAAGAUCAGAAUGCAGGACGAUUAGUUUUACAAAUUGUCUGCCAUCUAGGCCAUCCAUCAGCUAGCCAGCAUCAUGUUUAUUUGCAGGACUGGAACCGUAUCUUUUUAAGAGAUGUGAGUGUGAAGGCCUUGUGGUGAGUGACAACAAGUAAAAAGGAUUGCAACACUUCCUUGGCUUGCCCAAUCAUAAGAUGUAUUGCAAAUCUCGCAUUUAUGGGUCCAGCUGGGAUGUCAGCUUUGGGAACCUAUGAGUGUGCAGGAUCUACGGGCCCAGCUGCAACAUCUGGGGUCAAAUGUGCCACAGGAUGCCAAAGGGACCUGUAUGCCUCAAUAAUCAACCGUAUCUCACUUUGUAUACAGACUAGAGGUGGCCCAACAGGGUACUAAAGAUUUCUUUCAAUUGUACUUAAUUGCUCAGGUUUUGAAAAAUGUUAAUUGUUAAUUACUGCUUGUUCCCAAAAAAUGGCCUGUUUACUUUAAAAAAUGCAUAAUUUUGUCCUAUAACAUUUAGCCGGUUAAGUAUAUGAUUAAGCAAUCUAUCUUAUCUUUUGUCAUACCAAGGCUCGGGAUGAAUGUUAGACAAUAAGCAUACAGUUGGUUCAUUUAGUUGAUGUGCUGGAGUGCAGCACCCUCUGUUGUUUAUGAGGCUGCAUAGCAGAAGACUGCUAUGACCAUUUACUUUAUGUUUAUAUGGGUUUAUCCCAAUGGUAUAUAGUUUUACAGGUAGACACUAUCAAUGACCAUUUAAUGUAGGUUUAUUUGGGUUUAGUGUCAUAUUAUAUAGAGUUCAUUAUAGGUACAGCUUACAACCUGCUGACUUCCUGAUGUUUAUUUGGAUUUAUCCUAAUGUUUUAUAGAAUUUUGCUUUGCUCUGCACAUAGACUGAUUUUAUUUAGUUAUAAAACAAUGUUCAUGUAUUUCUAGUUCGUAAAUAAUCCAGUCAACAACUGACAACUGGUGUUAAUCGUGUUUACUGUAAUAAACUGUUUCAUUCUCUGUUUUCUUUUGCUGUAAACAUUGAGUAAAGUAUUCAUUAAAAGUGGUAUCCACCAACAUUUAAACA